AAGGGAGUUUGAAACAGGACGUUUGGCUUCUUGUGGCGGCGCUGGUUGCAUUUUGUUUUGCGGGGGGGAGGGACGGGUGGUUUGUAUUUGCCAACGAGAGAGAGAAAUUUCGAAAGAAGAAAGAUGGCGUUUUGCACGGCGUGCUGGGUCGGGAGGCUGUGCUGGCUGUUGUUGCUGCUGCUGCUGGCCGGCUCGGCCCGUUGCGGGCCGGAGCCCGAGUCCGAGUCCGAGCCUGAGCCUGAGGCUACCCCAAACCCAGCGGUGGAACAUCUGGGAGACACCAACUGGACCCUGAUCCUGAGCGGCGAGUGGAUGUUGCAAUUCCAUGCCCCGUGGUGCCCAGCAUGCAAGCAAAUCCAGGCUGAUUGGGAGUAUCUCGGAAAAUCCCAUGAGGAACUUCGCAUCCGUGUGGGAAAGAUAGAUGUCACUCAAGAACCAGGUUUGAGUGGCCGUUUCUUUGUCACCACUUUACCAACCAUUUACCAUGCCAAAGAAGGUAUUUUUCGGAAAUAUCACGGAGCAAGGACGCUGGAAGAUUUCCAGAGUUUCAUUAAAGAGAAGAAGUGGGAAGCUGUGGAAUCGAUCAGUGGGUGGAAAUCUCCAUCUUCCAUCGUAAUGUCUGGGAUGGCUGGUCUUUUCCGGCUCUCGGUCUGGAUUAGACAAAUGCACAGUUACUUGACUGAAACGCUGGGAAUUCCGGCUUGGGGUUCUUAUAUAAUCUUUGCCGUGACUACUCUAGUGGCUGGUCUCCUCCUUGGCCUGAUUCUGGUCCUAAUUGCUGACUGUAUAUGUCCACCAAAGCGUCAAAAAUACCAGAUAACUGAGGUUGUUGAAGGGGAAGAGGAGGACUCUGAGGAGCUGGAGAAGAGGGAGCAGGAUGCUCCAGACUGGGAGUCGCACUGGUCAGGAGCUGAGGAUGAGCAGAACGAUUUGAGUGCCAAGGCCUCAGGAGAAGAGUCUGCCUUUGAGGAUGAUCAGCAGCCAUCCGAUAGUGAGACAGACGGAGGGCUCAGGAAACGAUUAAUAAACGAAGACUGCUAAAUGCUCCAUUUUGGAAACGAAUACCACUAUCAGGACUUGGACCAAAGAAUUGUUCUUCUGUGGACUUUCUGCUCCCACCUUUUUGGACUUAGAAACUCGGUUUGUUUGGAUUCACUUUUUUUUCUAGUUAUGGAUUUAUUGGCUAUGACAAUCUUGAUCAAAUAUUAAUUGAAUAUAAUAUGCAGGUUCUGCCUGUAGCCUUUUUUAAAAUGCUUUUUAUAGGUUAAUGAAUGUUCCACAUUUUGUACUUUUUUAAACGGGCAGCAGUGCACCACUAAGCCGCUGAAUAUAUUUCUGUGAGCGGAGGUUAUCACUAAAACAAACAAGACUGCCUGCCAGCAUUACUCCACGACCUUGGCCAGACGAAUACUGCCCCGGCCUUUCUGUUCACCCUCUUGAGGUGCAUGUUUUAAUAGGAAUUCUAGCUCUAGGUGGAAGGCUGGCAGGUUUUAAGCUUCCGAGUAUGUAACUUGGCAUUCCAAGUGUGAUCUCCAUUCAGGAACACAGUGUCAGUACACAUGCUCAAACGAGCUAAAACAAUAGGAUUUACAAUAGAGACAGCAGAAUGUUUAGAACUACUGGUUUAAAAAAAAAACAAAACCCUAAGGGAUACUGUCGUCAUGACGGGAGUGACUUGCAAGACGCUCCCGCCUGUGUAGGAACUUAGGCAGUGCAGGGCUUGGUGACAUUCUGUGCAAUCAUCUAUAGUUUCAAUCAUUCGAAGAAUACACAAUACCUUUACAGUGCAGCUGACGGAAGGGUAGAAAUUGCUGUCAGACAUGCUGUAUGAAUGCUGGAUGCAUUUGGACUAAGCCUCCCUUCCGCCUCUACCCUUCUUGACAGAAGGGUUACAGCCUCGCCUUAAGAUAGCGGAAGAGGAAUUUGGUCUGAGCCCUCAUGGCAAUUGCGUUAAGACCCUUGCUGAUGAUCAAUGCCAGUUGCUGCACAGAUGUCGGCCAGAGGCCAGUGUGUUCUUCGCAACAGCCUAUUUCCAGAAUUGAGCCAACAUGUUGAUGUCCCCUGAUGGAAACCUGUAUUAUUUUAUGUACAUGUACAGUAAUUAACCUGGGAUAGCUGGGUUUAUCCUGUAUUUACAGAAAUGUGAUCCUUAGACUUCAGCUCGAAUUCAGUCAGGGAUCCAUUGCGGCUUUAACUUUGGGUUAACACAUUGCUUGCUUAUAAACAAAGCCUUCUGUACCUGAGGGAUUCAAUUCUCCACAAGAAUGGACACUUUUUUGAUUUCGGCAGCUUCUCUUAAAAAUAAAAAAAAACACACACAGAUUGUAGUACACUGCAAUAUAAAGUUUUCCACUGGAAUUUGGGAGUUUAAAAGAUUAAUGGGUGGGUGAAGGAUGGAUUUAUUACUCUUUAGGAACAGGGAGUCAUUGUUCUUGAGAUUAAAAUAUAAUUACUGUUCCGAAACUCUUCACUUUUUAAUAUUAUGAGCAAUAUAUUGACAAUUGUUGCAUGGCCUAAAGACACAUGCAUUUCUGAUAAAUUGAACACAAUUUUUGCCAUUUGUAUAUUACCGUUCAGUAUCCUCUCAUUAGAAAAUUGGGCCUGCAGUGCAAAAUUUUGCACUACUUUUGUAAAGAAUAUUUCUUUUCUGUAUUUGUACUAUUACGGAGAUAUGGAAGGCUGUAUUUUAAAAUUGACCUUUUGUAUUUUGUGCGAAAGACUUUGGGAGAUGUAUUUUUUUUUUGGUAAGAUGAAUGAAGAAGUACGUGCUUUAUUUUGUAUUUAUUGUUUUUCCCAUAGUUUGCCUGGCCUUGUUUACGAUUUGAGUAGAGACUUGCGAAAACUUGCAUUUGUCUCUACGUUGUGACCACAGUGGUGUGCCCCUGUAUUUUAAAAAUUUCUCGGCUAUUACAGUUUUCCAUCGAACUGGCCUUUUUAUUCUUGAGAAGCUUUUCCUUUGUGUGCUGUGCAAUGUUAAUUGAUGAAUGUACUUGAAGCUGUGUGAUGCUUCAGAGAGUUGCCAAGUCAGGCAAAGUGGAUGUAGUAUGGGCCAAAACGUUAAUUGCGGUCUUUUUACGUCAGCUUUACGUUAAGUAAUUAGCUUGCUGGAUGGCUGAAAGAAUGUGUUCACCAUGGCACGACAAUUUUGUGUUCAGUUUUUUUGGGGGGGGGGUGGUGUGAAGGGAAGGAAUGAAAUACAAUUUUUACAAUGCAAGUGUUUUUAGACUUACUGAUUUGUUAACAAAAGAUGCAAUAAACGCAUGCUUUUUGUA